UCUUCGUCGAUGACGUACCACGGAAGUGCCGCCAAAAUCCGUGUCGUCAGUUUUUCAAAACAUGUAGGGACAUGGUCGUUAGACAGCUGAGCGGUCUCACUCACUGUGGCGUUAUUAUUCAGAGGGGGAAACCCACCUUUUCCUGAAAUACUGUCGGCUGUCUGGUCUAACUCGAAAAGGAGCACAUGUAAUGGGACACACAGCAUGUUAGAGCUGUAUCGUCUAAGUUUGGAGUAGAGUCGCGAUCGUUAAACAUCGGAUCACACCACCUGAAAGCAAACGUCAGUUUUACCAUCAAGGAUAAUUUUUUUUUCAUGAUGGAAAAUGGGGCUACAUCCACUAAAGAAGAGGGCUUCCUCUCCAGGAUGGCGCUCAAUGACAACAAGGCUGGUAUGGAGGGUCUGGACAGGGACAAAAUCAACAAGAUCAUCAUGGAGUCAUCUAAGGGAUCCAAGUUUUACGAGAAUGAGCUGAAGAGGGAGCAGCAGGUGAACCUGCGCAUUGAGAAAAUGAUGCUCCAGAAAGCACAGAUCACAGAGCAACAGCUAAAGAAAGCACAAGUUCAAGUGGAAAGGACGGCCUCAACGCUGGAGAUGAGUCGCGAUCUAAGCCGUGUGAUUGUACAUGUGGACAUGGAUGCGUUCUACGCUGCUGUGGAGAUGAGAGACUGUCCUGAGCUGAAGGACAAGCCGAUGGCUGUAGGAUCCAUGAGUAUGCUGUCAACAUCUAACUACCAUGCCAGGAAAUAUGGAGUUCGAGCUGCUAUGCCUGGUUUCAUUGCAAAGAAACUCUGCCCAAACUUAGUCAUUGUUCCAACUAACUUUGAUAAAUACAGAGCUGUGAGUGAUGAGAUCCGGGAGAUUUUUGCAGACUAUGACCCUCACUUCCAACCAAUGAGCCUGGAUGAAGCCUAUCUAGAUUUUACAGACCACCUGGAACAGCGGCAGAGUUGGCCAGAGUCCUCACGUACACACCGCUAUCGCACUGGAAGCAUCGCUACAGAUGACAAACAGACUGAGCUUCCCCCAGAGGCAGCGCUGGAGGAGAAAGACCUCUCUCCGGUGCUGUUUGAAGACAGCCCAAGCUCUUCUCUCGGCUUGCCGGGCUCUGAAGGCGCUGCUGGUGAUGCUUUCGAGGUGUUUGGGACGUCUGUUGAGGAGGCUGUGAGGGAGAUGCGCUUUCGUAUUGAGCAGAAAACCAGACUGACAGCCAGUGCAGGAAUUGCUCCAAACACGAUGCUUGCCAAAGUGUGCAGUGACAAGAACAAGCCCAACGGCCAGUACAGACUCCCUUCCACCAGAGAGGCCGUCAUGGACUUCAUCAAGACUCUUCCAGUUCGCAAAGUUUGUGGCAUCGGGAAAGUGAGCGAGAAGAUGCUGAAUGCUCUGAGCAUCAGUACCUGUUCUCAUCUUGGCCAGCAGAUGGCACUGCUGUCGUUGUUGUUCUCGGAGACUGCCUGGCAUCAUUUCAUGGAGGUGUCUCUUGGUUUGGGCUCCACGUUUAUUGCUAGGCAUGAAGAAAGAAAAAGCAUGAGCACAGAAAGGACAUUUAGAGAACUGAGUAAAGCUGAGGAGCAGUUUUCUUUGUGCAGGGAGCUCUGUGAAGACCUCGCAGAAGACAUGAAGAAAGAAAACCUGAAGGCUAAAACGGUAACACUGAAGCUGAAGAACGUGAACUUCGAGGUGAAAACCAGGGCACUGACGCUGCUGUAUGCUGUUGCUACAGUGGAUGAGAUCUUUGCUGUUGCUAAGGACCUGCUGAAAACGGAAAUAGAAAAUGAAAGCCCCCAGCCACUCAGGCUGAGGCUCAUGGGUGUUCGAGUUUCCGCCUUUGUCAGUUUGGAUGAUAAAAAGCCCCUGCAGAAGAGCAUCAUUGGCUUCCUUCAGCCAGGCAAGACAGAAAGUAGUGGCUCUUCCAAAGUCAUGCAACAAAACCUCGAGAAAGAGAAUCACUCCCUCCCAACCUCACCACUUGUGUGUCCUCUACUUGUGGAGAAGUGUCAGAAUAAAGAGGAAGUUCCCUGGAGGAAUAAGCAGAGUCAGGCUGGUAAGGAACCCCAACAGUCCUUUUUCCAAAGGGCUCAUGCCAAAAGAUUGCAACUCCAGGCAGCAAAUGGAAGCAAACAAGAGGAAGGACCUGAAGAAGAUGCUUCAGUAAUUACUUCUGGAAGCAUUUGUGCUGAAAAGGCUGUGAAACUGUCAACAAAAGCAAACGAGAAUAAAAAUACCGCCUCAGAUAUCUCAGAAAAUGAGCUUGUUUCUCCUGUAGAGGCCCACGCAUCCACUUCAGGCUGUGGUGGGACGUCAUCAGAAACCCUCACAUGCCCCGUUUGUUUCAGACGGGUGGAAACGAACGAUCUGAACAUCUUUAACAGCCACAUUGACCACUGUCUUAAUGAUCCCGAUAGAAAACCAAACCAAAGCACGGCUUCUGACAGCGAGUCAGACUUGGACCUGGAGAAUGACCAUAAAGAAAGUGAAGUAGUGCACAGAUGGAGAGGGGAGUGUGAGGCUGAAGGGGAGACGUCAAAAAACAGUGAAGAGCUGAGAACAGAUUCUCCUCAUAAAGGCCAACACAGCAUGAAAACCAGUCCUGUUCAAACAGGUCCACUGAUUAAAGGAGACAACAAAGAUGUGACCUCGCAACAGCCUCAGUCAUGCAACAGUAAAGGUCCCGUCCUCAUCUGUCCUGUGUGUCAGCUGACUCAGGAAACUGAUGACCUCACUGUGUUCAACCACCAUGUUGACCUCUGCCUGAACCAGCAGGUCCUACAUGAGCUGGGGGGACAGACAUCAUCUCCCAUAAAUCCACCUGAAGUCAAAAACGCCAACACCAAAGACAGAGGACAUCUGCUGUCAAGGCAAGCGAGUAAAGGCAAAAGCAAAAGGCGGGACUCGCCUUCUUCUCCUCCUUCUAAAAAAGCUAAAAGUCUCGGUCCUUGCAUCACCAUUGACAAGUUCUUCAGAUGACGGUCAUCUAUGCAUCCUCACCUGGAUCAGGUUUUCUGCAGCCAGUGAAACAAUGGACAGAUUUUAUUCAUGUUAUACACUCUGCUGCUUAAACUGUCUUCAAGAUCAUUGCACUUAAAGCCAUAUUUAGUUUUCUAUUCAAAAAGCUAUUAUUUAGAUUGCUGUUAUGAGAAGCUAAGCAUUUGCACUGUUUUACCUUAUUUGUGUUUUCUAAGCCAUACACAAAAUGAAAGAUAAAUACAGUUUGAGUUUUAGAAAAGUUUCAGGGAUUUUUGAUGACCCUAGUGUCUGUGAAUGUCACUUUUAUUGUCUAUUUUCUAUGAUCUGUGAAGAUAAGCCUAAUGUUAUUAUUAUAAUGUAUGAAGAUAUUGGUAGUAGAGGUAAGUGAAUUUUAAAUUAAUCUUUAUUAAGUUAUUGUGAUAUUUCCAAUGAUUUCAAGUUGCAUUUAUUGUGCCAGUAAUAAUAAUAACACUGUAUAUCUUUAAUAAUGAAAAUAAGAGAAUGCUUCUAUAAUAAAGCAGUUCAUUUCUAUUGUGUUGAAAUCUCAA